AUGUCUUGCUUCUCUGUUCUAUGCAGGAACGUUCACGCUCACGAAGAGCUGGUAGAUGAUGUUCUCAAUGGCGUCCACCUCCUUCUUGACACAGCUGGCGAUGCUCUAUCGGCCGCACCAGUUGGCGGCUUGGACACUGCUGCCUCCGCACUCUCCACAAUCAUCGAGAUGGUCAUGACAGCCAGGGGCAACGACCAAGCCGCAAAAGAUCUAGCUAAGAGCAUCAAGGCACUCGCAGAUCUCAUUGACAAGACGCAUAAGCAGAUCAGUGACCGAGUCGGGGCGACGAACGCAAGCGAGCGUAAAUUCGUACGAUCGAGAUUCAAGUCGUCACUUGAAUUGAACGAGCGGAUUGAGAAUCUGAAUUCAAAGCUCGAAGAUCUGAAGAGAGAAGCUGCGAAGAUCUCGGAAGGUUCAUUCUUUCUAAGGUGUCUCCGAGGAGAUCGAAAUGCAGGCAUCCUGAGUGAUUUGAAAGAGGGGAUUGAUACAGCCAGAAAAGAUUUUGCAUUCCAGGGCCAGGUGACAAUCGAAGCGUUGAUCAAUGGGUUGGUGGAGAAGGUUGAUGAGAUUGUGGAGACAGUAGUGCGUCUAGAGAUGGUCCAGCAGCUUAGCAAAGAUGAUGAAACUCUGCAGCACUUGCCUCAUCGUACUGAUGCUCAAUAUCGGUCCUCUGCCAACGAAUUCAAGAACGGUUAUCUACCUGGAACGCGGACGGAACUACUCGACGAACUUGAAGGCUGGGCAAAGGGGACCAACCCUGACUUCUUGGAUUUCUCCAUCUACGUCCUCAGUGGAGCGGCAGGAACUGGCAAGUCUACCAUUGCCUACGAAUUCGCGAAGCGACUCGAGAAUGAGAGGCGCCUCGGUGCAUCUUUCUUCUUCGUGCGAGGCGUUGAGGGGUUAAAUACUACGCGACUGGUGUUUCCCACAAUCGCAUACCAACUGGCAGUUUCGCAGCCUACCUUCUACCCUCUGGUUGUCAAGGCUGCUCGUGAUCACCUAAAACGGGGAACCAAGCAACAAAUGGACUUCGAGCUCGACGAGCUGAUCAUCAAGCCUCUUCAAGAUGUCCCCGCAGAUCACCCUCCUGUUGUGAUUGUUAUUGACGCCGUUGAUGAAUGCACGGAACUCGCUCAAGACCACGUUCCGCGCAUGCUACAUCUCAUUCUGCAGCGAAUACGCGAAGUCAAGUUCCCUCUUCGAGUGUUGAUCACCACGCGGCCAGAGAUGCAUAUCGAGGAUGCAUUCCAGUCGACGGAGUUUGCCAAUGUUGCCAGGCCAUUCAAGCUUAACGAGAUCCCCCGCACUAUAAUCAAUGCAGAUAUCACACACUACUUAAUUGUGAACGUCAAAACCAUUCGGAACAGUGACCGCCUACUGAAGGCACGUCCAAAUAUGAUCCAUGAUCUGACAAAGAAAUCAGAAGGCCUGUUCAUAUUUGCCACCACUGCAGUCAACUUUCUACGGGGGGACUACGAACAUCUCGAGGAAAACUUGGACCUCUUGCUUGCUGAAUCAACGGCCGAUGGGGCGCCUGGCCUCACUACUCUGGACCAGCUAUACCUAAUUGUUCUUAAGAAUGCAUUCCCAGAAUACGUUCUUGACCGGCCCGAUGUCAAGACAUGGAUUCAACAGGUUUUGGGGUGUGUGGCAUUACUGCAAGACCAUCUCUCACCGAAAACUCUGACGUCACUCGUGAAUGUCGGGAUCAAGAGUAUCCAUUUCGUUCUUGCGCGUCUUGGGUCUGUCAUCUGUCUUAACGAAGAAGAUGACCCCGACGACCACAUCCGUCCCCUGCACGCUAGCUUUCCGCAAUUCCUUGUCGACAAGCAGCGAUGCAAGGACACUAGUUUCUACAUUGAUCCCGUCAGCCACCACGGUCAUCUGGCUUCAGCGUGCCUAACUAUUCUGAUUGCAAAGGGAGUCCUGCGGAGGAAUAUCUGUCGGUUGUCGGUUCCUAGUACUUUCAAGGAUAGCAUCGGCGACCUCCACGAGCGCGUCAAAGCCCACAUCCCUCUACAUGUACAGUACGCAUGCGUCCACUGGGCGACACAUCUCUCCAGUGCCGAUCAUUCGCCCGGAUUGCAUGAACUGCUGAAGACAUUUUGUUCAGACAAAUUAAUCGUUUGGUUGGAGGCAUUGAGCAUGAUGGAUCGGCUCGAUAUCGCAGUCCAGGCGCUGCUUAGUGUCCGCACUUGGUACCAGUCAACCUCGGAUGCAGAUACUCUGAACCUUCUCAGUGAUGGGUAUAGAUUUGUGCUGGAGUAUUUCAUCCCCAUCAACCGGUGUCCCGAGCACAUUUACAUCUCGGCCUUACCCAUGACACCUUCCUCCCUGCUGUUCGAUCAAUAUUCGUUACCUGGCAGUGAAACAGCAGUCAGCCUUGUGACUGCGCGGGAUCCACAGUGGGGGUCCUGUCUGCGUGUGGUUGAAGGGCACUCAGGUCGCGUCGGAGCUGCGAAGUUCUCUCCCAAUGGUCGCUGGGUUGUAUCAUGUUGUUGGGAUCGCACAGUGCGAACGUGGGACGCUGCCUCUGGGACCCCAAUGAACAUCAUGCGCAGUCACAACAACAAUGUGAAUGACGUCGACUAUUCGCCCAACAACCAGUACAUAGUUUCCGGUUCUGAUGACACGACCCUACGCAUAUGGAAUGCCGCAACAGGGGCACCACUGCACAAGUUGCGUGCUAAACACGGCAACGUGUUCGCUGUGGAGUAUUCGCCCGAUGGUAACAACAUCAUAUCAGGAUCGUAUAACAACGCUCUCCAUCUCUGGGAUGCCCAGCGCGGGAAGAAACUAGACGUCGUUGAAGACGAAACAAAUUGCAUUAAUUCCGUCAGCUUCUCCCGUGAUGGCUCUAUGGUCGUGACAGCUUCCAGUGAUAACAUAGUCCGUGCAUGGGUCGUAGAGGACCUUUAUAUGCUGAAGAAGUUUGUAGGUCAUACAGACCAGGCGAAGGGAGCGGCAUUUUUCCCGGACGGACGCAAGGUGGUGUCAGGCGCAAGCGACAAAACAGUGCGCAUCUGGGAUAUGGACUCGGAGAAGUGUCUUCAAACUCUUGAAGGUCAUGAUGGACGCGUCUUCUGUGUCACCAUCUCGUUUCAAGGUGACCGAAUUGCCUCAGGCUCUGUGGACAACACGAUCUGUCUAUGGGAUGCCCAGACCGGAGAAUUCCUGUACCAUCUGCGCGAUCAUACAAGCUGGGUCCUCUCGGUCUCUUUCUCGCAGGACGGAAAUCGGCUAGUAUCGGCAUCCGACGACCAAACAGUUCGCAUCUGGGAUCUCACCAUCGCAGAUUGUGGAGCAAGCUCUGUCGGUCACGAUGCCACCGUUACUUGCAUUGUAUUCUCGAAUGAUGGAACGCGCGUUGCAUCAAGCUCUGAGGAUGCCACCAUUAUUGUCUGGGAUGCAGCGACCGGCCAAGAAGUACGCACACUGGAAGGACAUACUGAACGUAUCCAGAGCAUCGCCUUCUCACCCGACGGUAGCCGUAUCGUCUCCGGAGGUUGGGACAAUGUUGUUCGUGUUUGGGACGUUGAGAGCGGACAGUCGGUGAUGUCCUUAAAGGGCCACAAGAAAGGUGUUGAGGCCGUGGCAUACUCUCCCGACGGCACGCUAUUUGCAUCGGGGGCGAAUAAUUUGGAGCCGAGCAUCCGAUUGUGGAAUGCAUCUGACGGUACACUCCACAAAAAGAUCAAAAUCGAUUUCAAGAAGGCACCGAUUGACAUGGUCAGCAAGCUCGAAUUCUCGCCUGACAGUACCAAGAUUUACACAAAGACGAUAAACGGGCUGACUUAUAUAUGGAGUUGUUCAACUGGAGAGAUCCUGAAUUACGCUGCCAAUGACUGGGGCGCAGGCGUUGGCGGGGAGCGUAGGAAAUUUGCGGAAGAGGAUGGAUGGCUCAUCUUGAAAGAGUCGGGACAGAAGUUGUGUUGGCUUGCAGGCUCCAAACGGGCUCAUACGGAGGAUGCAUCUGCGUGCCAUGGAACCCACUAUGCUGCAGGAGGGGGCUCCGGGCGUUUCACUCUUCUGGAUCUGUCAGAGCUUGUUGAUGCACUGCACUGA